UUAAUCUCUACGCUUCUCUCUCUGCAAUUACUCUUUGAGAGCAUCUCUCUCUAGAAUAUUGAGUAUUGUUGACUUGAGCGUUGGAGUGUUUUCCCCGAGGAAACAACCUCGGGAUUUUCAGGUGUAGAAGCAGCUGAGGACUUCAACAGCGUUGGACUGCGAAGCUGCCGAAACACAUGCCAAACUGAACGCAUAAGAUUCGAUUCUUUACCAUUUCGACAAAAACAUCUCAAAAGAAGAGCGAAGAAAAAUGGAAGAUCAUUUAACAAGGAAGAAAAAGACCUCACACACUCUCACACUCCGCAGAAUACAAUGGUAUUCUCAAUCCUAAGCAUGUUCUUCCUAAACUGGUAAGCUUAGAUAAGAACAGAUGUACAGAAAACAGCAUAAGCUGAGAAAACACAAAAUAGAAACUGCCACCACCAAGCUUGAGGGACUAGUUGGAUAUGAUUUUUCCACAGAACUUAAGAAACAACUUUGAGAUGGCAAGAACAGAAUUUCUGCUAAGAACUACAAAUGAUACGACAAGACACUACCGCAACGAAUGGAGUGUGUUCACUUUGUCCAUGGCAGCCUUAACAGAGUUUCCAUAAUGCAUUUGGUACUUAGAAAUAGAGAAAUAUAAUGUCUGUGUCCAUGGCAGCCGUUGAAACUAAACUGAGCUUGAAGCUUCUGGUAGACACGAAAAGCCACAGGGUACUCUAUGCUGAAGCUGGCAAAGAGUUUGUUGACUUUCUGUUCAACUUACCGUUUCAGCCUAUUGGGUCGGUGAUAGCAAUUUUGUCUAAACAAGGGAUGGUUGGUUCCCUUGGAAAGUUUUAUGAGAGCGUUAAGACUUUAAGUGAUACAUAUAAGCAGGCAUCUCAGGUGGCCUUGGAUGCCCUGUUAAGUCCUACAGUUCAUACAUCAGCAGCUGUUCCUCAAUUGUUACCAAACAUUCAGAUGACAAAUUCUACGAGGUUUUAUGGGUGUAGCAGGACCUACAAUACUAGCUGUUAUAAUCCUGUGACGAACGACCCUGGUGUCAAAUGUCCUAGUCUUGGAACAUCAAUGGACAGGCAACAAAAGUAUGUUCGUGAUCCACCAAAUAAGAAUUCUUGCUCAACUGAAGAAGGUUAUGUGAAAGGUGUGGUGACCUAUAUGAUCAUGGAUGAUCUAGAGGUGAGACCAAUGUCUACCAUUUCAAGUACCACCAUGAUCAACAAGUUCAAUAUCAAAGAUAUAGGGGUGCUUGAAGAGAAGGUUGAUGUGGGCAUGGACCAGUUGUGGCCACAAAAUUUUCAGAAUUCUCGCUACAUUUGACGGGUUCUUUGUUGUAAUGUUGAUUGUAUACACUUUUAACAGUGUGGAAUUGCUAAAGGCUUCUUUACAUUCCAAUGCUAUUCUUACUGAAGUAUUCCUCAAGAAAAAUCCUUAUUUUGUAGCGGUGAGCAAGAUUGACUAAAUGCACUUGAAGGAAUCAAUUUAGGGAGCGCCGUUCCUUCAUAUACUCUUUGGUGGGUUUUGCUUAUAUAUUUUGUUUAUUGUCCUCCAAUAUCUAAUGUAUGUUUCAAAAUAUGGUAAAAUCUGACUUCUUGUUUUAUGUUGUUUUUGUGUGAACUUUUUUCAAGUCUUAAUUUUUAAAGAAAGACUAUGUUAUUUACAGUGAGUUGUGCAUCAUAGUAUUUUAUCUUUUAAACCAAGUCGGCUCUUCUUUUAUUUUCGUUCAAUAAAUUAAUGUCUUACUU